AUGAAUUCAUCCAAACGAGAAAAUAUCAAAUUGGGAGUCAUUCAAUGUCAUUUCAAUCCAGAUAUUCAAGCAUUGAAAAAAGAUAUUUCCGACAAGGUUCAACAGGCCUCCGAGCAAGGCUCUCAUCUCGUUUUAUUACAAGAAUUAUUCAUGAUUCGAUAUCCUGGAGAUUUAACCAAGGAAGAUAAUCCCGAAGUGUUUGAUUGGGCAGAAAAUUUAACAAUGGCCAUUAAUGUCAUGGAAAUUCAGAAUCCUACAAGUGAUGAGAUUGAAAAACACAGUCCUACUCUAGCAUUCUGUCGAGAAUUAGCAUUGAAACAUCGAGUCUUUAUUGUUGGAAGUUUAUUUGAAAAGUAUGAAAAUCCAAACGAUCUCAAGACACAUUAUUACAACACUGCCGUGAUUGUUCGUCCAGAGGGAAGUUUAUUGGGCAAGACCAGAAAACAACACAUUCCAUCUGGACCAGGCUACAAUGAAGUGGAUUUCUUUGAACCAGGUGAUAGUGAUUAUCCUGUUCAUGAUACUGGUAAAAUUAAAGUCGCAGUGCCAACAUGUUAUGAUCAGUGGAAUCCAGAGCUUGCUAGAAUUUAUGCACUCAAAGGAGCUGAACUCAUUCUCUAUCCAACAUGUAUUGGAAAUGAACCCCUCUAUCCUCACUUAGAUACCAUGCCCAUGUGGAGAACGAUCAUGAUUUCUCACACCAUUGCUAAUGGAGUUUUUGUGGCUGCUGCUAAUCGAGUUGGGAAACAAAGUGCAGGUCCUCGUGUAUUGGAGGCGAUUGAGGAGAAGAAGGUGUGUCAUGAUGAGAGUUCAACUAUGGCCGAGAAAUUUGAAUUUAAUUUUUAUGGAUCGAGUUUUAUUUGUGCACCUGGUGGAAAGUUGUUAUCAGAAGCUCCUCGUGACCAACCAUGUGUGCUAGUGGCCACCCUUGACUUUGAGCAAAUGAAUCUAUGGAGAGAAGCUUUUCCUUUGCUUCAUCAAAGACAGCCACACACCUAUGGCAGACUUUUGCAAGAGUAA